AUAUUGUUAUUUGUUAUAGUUUAUAUUUGUAUUUAAGUGUUUACUAUUUUAUACAGCAAUACGGUAUUACAAUUUUCACAUUACAACAUUUAAAAUAAAACAACAAUCUGAUAGAAAAGUAAUUAGUAAAUCCCACAUAAUCAUUCGAGGAAGACAUUUGCAUCAAGAUGCCGAUGAUAAAAUUGCAAAGUUCGGAUGGCGAAGUGUUCCAAGUAGAUUUCGAGAUCGCCAAAGCAUCGGUGACCAUUAAAACUAUGGUCGAGGACUUGGGCUUAGAAGAGGAAGAUGAAGAAAACGUGCCAUUGCCGAACGUAAACGCUGGAAUAUUAAAAAAAGUCAUUCAGUGGGCGACCUAUCACAAGGACGACCCACCCGUAGCCGAGGAUGACGAGGGGCGCGAAAAGCGUACUGACGACAUAUCCAGCUGGGAUGCAGAUUUCCUGAAAGUCGAUCAGGGUACACUAUUUGAACUCAUAUUGGCUGCCAACUAUUUGGACAUCAAAGGCUUGUUGGAUGUUACGUGUAAGACCGUUGCUAAUAUGAUCAAAGGAAAAACUCACGAGGAAAUAAGGAGAACAUUUAACAUUGAAAAUGAUUUAUCAGCUGCCGAAGAGGAUCAAGUACGUAAAGAGAAUGAAUGGUGCGAAGAAAAGUAACUUCUCCUUAACUACAAAUUAAUGUACUAUUUUUUUUGUCAACCGGGUCAUAAUUUUAUAUACAAAAUAUCAAUAUUUUUGUUUUAUAUUUAUUUAAUAAUUCAUAAUUGUGAAGUUAAACUAUCAACAUAAUUUGGAUGAACACUUUUAGUAUGUUUUACAUGCUUAAUUUUGACUGCUAUCAUUAAAUUAUGUUUCUACUAGUAAUCUUUAAAUAUAUUUCACAAUUUUAUUGCGUUUUACACGUUUAUUAGGUAACUAUUACAACAUAAUAGAUAGUUUACAUCUUGUAAGGUGUGGUGUUCAUUAAUCAACAAAUAACUAUUCAUUUUUGCUUAUUGCUCGAUAGUAUAAUACAACUUUUUUAAAUUUUUUUUUUUUAUGUAUAGUAUGGACAUUAAAUAUAAUUAUGUUGAAUUUAUAUUUGUGUACAAUUUAAGAAUAAACCAAUUUUUUACUGAACAUUUAUUAUAUGUAUGAAAAGCAAUUACUAAUGUAAUAUAUAAUACAAAUUAUUGCUAUGGACGUCAGUUUUUUUGUAUUAAAGAAGUGAUUGUAAUUUAUAGUAUAUAGUAACAAAUAAUGUAUGUAAAGUGUAUAUUAAGAAAUGUAUGUACUAAAUACGAAUUAGAAAUUACAUGGUAUAUUUUAUAAUUAUUAUUCAUCAUAAAUACAUUUGUUUUCAAACUA